AUGGCAGUGACUAUGAUAAAGAUGGGUUUGAUUGUUGCAGUUUUGGGUAUAGUGUCGUUUGCAUUCGGAAUUGCUGCUGAAGUCCAUAAGCCUGCAGCUGGUAUCCCCAUAAUAGGCCGGAAUGGCGUAGUGAUGUGCAAGUACCCGUCUGAUCCCACGGUUGUCUAUGGGUAUCUGUCCUUUGCAUUUCUAGUGGCAUCUUCCUUGACUGGAUUCCUCUCUGUAUUUUACCCCUACAAAGGCAAAUCAGUUCCAUCCAGUGCUUUUCUCCAAAGCACUUUGCUUGUUACUUUCUUCAACAGCACUCUGGGUGCAAUCGGAUUAGCAGCAGCAUUAUUGUUAUGGCCAACGAUUUCUGGGCAGCAGCACCACAACAUGUAUCAAAAUCUCAGCAGCGCAAGUGGUUGCCCUACAGCCAAAACUGGUGUUCUUGGCGGAGGAGCUUUUUUAUCUCUCAAUUCGUCCCUACUGUGGUUGGUUUGCCUCAUGCUGACUAGCAAUGCAAGAUACGACUUUUUGGAUGAUUUGAGUGGAGAAUCUAAAGCUAAGGAAGCUACCACUUCUGGGUAUAAGGCAGCGCUUGAAAAAGGACUGGAUAACAUUUUUGACGGCGUGGCGUAA